UAAAACUUACAUUAUACAUUUAUAUUGGCAUUCUUGUGUAUCGUUUUGUUGGUUUUAAAAUGAACUUCAAAGUUUCUUCUUAAGUUACAGUGUCUGUACAUAAUACAGACAAAUCAAGAUAGGCAUACGACAGCCGAGCAGGAGUCAGACACACGUGACGUAGAUGCUGCCAGGAGCAGGAGUGACUGUCUGGUUAGCGCUUCCAGCACUGCUGCUAGCUGCUGAGGACCUGGACUCCAGCACCUGCCUCACCCUCGACCCAUUCGACAGCGCGCUGCCGCAGACCACACCCUCGCCCUACACCCUCUCUUGUAGCAAGUCUGGGAAGAUCACGAACCAGGACUCCGUCAUCUUCACCAUCAAGUCCUCGCGACCACGGGUUCGACUUCCGACGGUUUGUGGUGCAGGCACUGGACCGCGAGAGCGGUGUGGGCCGUGGGCAUGUUUGUGGACACAGGAGACGCCGACAUCACCGUCGUCAACUGUUUUGGUCGUUCUGAGGUAA